AUGGUCAAAUUCAUCGUUGUCGGUGGCGGUGGUAAAGUCGCUCAAUACUUUACAGGAUUUGCAGUGAAAGAAGGACAUGAAGUACAUUCGAUCAUCAGAAAUGACGGACACGAGAAAGAGCUAAAGAAACUUGGAGCUAAAAUACACAUCUUGUCACUGGAAGAUGCUACAGUUCCUGAUCUGACAUCAUUGUUCACUACUGUUUCUCCUGAUGUGGUGGUAUUCGCGGCUGGAGCUGCCGGAAACCCUCCUGGACCUGAAGUGAUUGAUUUUCAAGGUGCUGUGAAAGUUUUUGAUGCUAUGGAAGCAUCGAAUACGAAACGAUUGAUAUUGGUCGGUGCUGUCGAUAUAAGAACUAGAGAUAAAGGUUGGCCUGAUUGGUAUAAUGAUGAAGAUAAAGCUAUGAGCGAUAGGAUGUGGAAAGCCAUUCCAGCUUAUAUGAAGGCGAAAUUAGAUGCUGAAUUGGAAUUGCAUACUCGUAAACAAAUACAGUACACUGUGAUCCGUCCAGGUGGUUUGACACUUGAGCCCGCAGGAGGUGUCCAAUUAGGUAAAACUCAUCUUCAGAAGACUAGUGGUAGUCGAGAGCUAGUCGCCAAAGUAGUUUUAGCUACUGCCACUUCAAAAGGUACCGAUGGUCUUUCGAUCGACGUAAUGGACGGUCAGGGUACUAUUGAAGAUGAACUAAAGAAAGUAGUCGAAAAUGGAACGGAUUCAUGGACUGGUUAA